AGCUCUUCCGAAGGUUGUCCAAAAUUCAGAAACUUGACGCUGCUCUUUCUAUUUGAAUCCCAAUGUAAUAUUUUUUUUUUUUUUUUGAUUUUUUUACUUUUUUAUUUUGGUAACGCAAGCAAACCCUUUCCUGAGUACACCCUGCAACAAAAAUAGUUUGCAUCAGCAUCCACCAUUUAAACCCUACUAUAUUUCUGCAUCUUUCUCCCUCUUCAACAACAAUGGUUGGCUCUAAUUCGAAAUCGGACAUCUCUUUCGCUGGUACUUUCGCUAGUAGUGCAUUUGCUGCUUGCUUCGCCGAGAUUUGUACGAUUCCAUUAGACACCGCAAAAGUCAGGCUUCAACUGCAAAAGAAAGGAAUUGCAGGAGAUGGAAUUGGAAUGGGUUUACCAAAAUAUCGCGGAAUGCUGGGUACUGUAGGAACCAUUGCCAAGGAAGAAGGUCUCGCUUCUCUAUGGAAAGGAAUUGUACCAGGAUUACAUCGUCAAUGCUUGUAUGGAGGUUUAAGAAUAGGGCUUUAUGAACCAAUUAAGAACUUGUAUGUGGGUGAAAACUUUGUUGGAGACGUUCCUUUGACGACAAAAAUACUUGCGGGGCUCACAACGGGUGGUCUUGCAAUUGCUGUAGCAAAUCCUACUGAUCUAGUGAAGGUCCGUUUACAAGCGGAAGGAAAACUUGCAGCAGGUGUUCCAAGGCGUUACUCCGGGGCAUUAAAUGCUUAUUCAACAAUUAUCAAACAGGAAGGGGUUCGGGCUCUAUGGACGGGUAUUGGACCCAAUGUUGCACGUAAUGCUAUAAUAAACGCUGCUGAAUUAGCCAGUUAUGAUCAAGUCAAACAGUCAAUUUUGAAGAUCCCUGGAUUCACUGACAAUGUUCUCACACAUCUUUUAUCGGGAUUAGGAGCUGGGUUUUUUGCAGUUUGUAUUGGGUCCCCUGUGGAUGUGGUCAAAUCAAGAAUGAUGGGAGAUCCAAGCUACACAAGCACCAUUGAUUGUUUUGUCAAGACUUUAAAGAAUGAUGGACCUCUAGCAUUCUACAAAGGAUUUAUCCCAAAUUUUGGACGAUUAGGUUCUUGGAAUGUCAUCAUGUUUUUAACUCUGGAACAGGCUAAAAAGUUUGUUAAAAGCAUGGAGUCGCCUUGAAUAUAAUGAGGAAAAGCAUUUUGUAAGUCAUUAAAGGUUUCCUAUUUCCGUUUCUAAUAAAGGAGAACCCUAUAAUUUUUUGUAUUAUGAGAUAGAGCAAGACUUUUUUAGAAUAAUAAUUUACAACUAUUUAUUGGGAUAAUCUAAAACUAUAUUAUUUCGA